AUGGACGAGGACCAAGGGCCAUCUCAAAUCGUCCCCCAGACGUCUCCCAAAAAGACGAUGGGGGAUCGCCUCCGCGGCGCCAAGAACAAGUUCUUCACGAAAGAGGGCCUCAUCGGCGACUACGACUAUGCGUUCCUCUUCCGUCCGAACCUGCCCUUCAUGAGAAAGUCCCGCCAAGCAGCCCCCUUCUUCGGCCUCAACGACAAGAUGCCCACGCUGCUCGCGCUCCUCCUGGGUUUCCAGCACGCCCUCGCCAUGUUGGCCGGCAUCAUCACGCCGCCCAUCCUGCUCAGCGGCGCCGCCGGUGCCAACCUCACCGGAGAGAUGCAGCAGUAUCUGGUGUCGACCGCGUUGAUCGUGUCCGGCCUGUUGUCCAUGAUCCAAAUUACUAGAUUUCACAUCCUGAAGACUCCUUACUACAUCGGCACCGGGUUGAUCUCCGUCGUCGGCAUUUCUUUUGCCAUCAUCCCCGUCGCGCAAGGUGCGCUCGCUCAAAUGUACGCGAAUGGAUUCUGUCCAACAGACGCCGAGGGCAACAAGCUUCCUUGCCCCGAUGGCUACGGAGCCAUCAUCGGCUCCAGUGCUCUCUGCGCCCUCAUCGAAAUCGCGAUUUCUUUCAUGCCGGCCAAGGCGAUGCUGCGCGUCUUCCCGCCUAUUGUCACCGGCCCGACGGUCAUGCUUAUUGGUAUUGGCCUGGUCGAGAGUGGUUUCCAGAACUGGAUGGGCGGAUCCGGACCUUGUGCCAGUCCAUCCACUGCGACGGACUUCUUCGCCAAAUGCCCCAACAUCUCAGCUCCUCAUGCCCUUCCAUGGGGCUCAGCCGAGUACCUUGGUCUUGGAUUCUCCGUGUUCAUCACUAUCAUCCUCUGCGAGCGGUUCGGCGCCCCGAUCAUGAAGUCGACAUCCGUCGUCAUCGGCCUGCUCGUUGGAUGCAUUAUCGCCGCCGCCUGCGGAUACUUUGACAGGUCCGGCAUCGAUAGCGCCCCUGCCGUCUCCUUCAUCUGGGUGCACACCUUCAAGCUCACGUUGUACGGUCCGCUUAUACUGCCUCUUCUGGCAGUGUACAUCAUCUGCGCGACGGAAGCCAUCGGAGACAUCACCGCGACCUGCGACGUCUCUCGCCUGGAGGUCGAAGGCCGUCUCUUCGAGUCCCGAGUGCAGGGCGGCGUGCUGGCAGACGGUAUCAACGGCGUUCUCGCCGCCCUGAUGACCAUAACUCCCAUGACCACCUUUGCCCAGAACAACGGCGUCAUUGCCCUUACUCGCUGCGCGAACCGCAGCGCCGGCUACUGUUGCUGCUUCUUCCUCAUCGUCAUGGGCGUCUUCGCUAAGUUCGCCGCGUCGCUGGUCGCUAUCCCCUCCUCCGUCCUCGGCGGCAUGACGUCCUUCCUCUUCACCGCCGUCGCCGUCUCCGGCAUGGCCAUCAUCACAAAGGGGGUGCCCUUCAACCGCCGCAACCGCUUCAUCCUGACCGCUGGCUUGACCCUCGGCUACGGUGCCACUCUCGUGCCGACGUACUUUGACAACGUCUUCACCUACGCCGGCGAUAACCGCGGUCUUCGGGGGUUCCUCGAUGCCAUCGUUCUCAUUAUGGAGACGGGCUUCGCCAUCACAGCGUUCGUUUGCAUGUUUCUCAACUUCGUCCUGGAAGAAGAAAUUGAGGACACAGAGGGCCGGGACGUGCCGGCCUCCAAUAACGUCAUAUCUUCCAAAGAGGUCAAUGGGGGCGAUAGUGCCCGUGGAGCUGAUUCGGAGGACAUUCAGCCUGUCGGGCAUCACGGCACGAGCAAGGGCGAUCAAAAGUUGGCUUGA